AACAGCGCUUUAUUUUAAAUUUCGGAAAUGCAGUAUGAACUGAGAGGAGAAGAUUGUUGCGCCAGACAAAAUUUCGUUGAGAUCUCGGAAACUACACGUACGGGACCCAGCAAGGGCUCCUUAGUAGCAUCCAAGAAAACGAAACACACGUGCAUACAAAUAAUACAACAAAACAGCUUUUAUGGCAACCGAGAUCAGUAUUGACUAUUAUCACCUAACCCGAGAAGCAUAACAAUGGUUUCUUUUGUCAACAUCGCGGUUCUCGUGAUGUUGCAGCUUGCUGCAAGAGUGGCUGCUGCAGAAGGAACAGGGACAAAAUUUGCCCAUUUUACGGCCUACAACGACACAAUGACCUGCUCGGGCGAUGAGCAUAGCACAAAAUUUAAYGAGGCCGUUCGAGGAGUGAAUCUUGGCAGCUACAUGGUUCUYGAGCCAUGGAUCACACCUUCCUUGUUCUACCAAUUCCUCGGGAAAAAGGAGGGCGAGGUUGGAAUGGAUUCCUAUUCCUUCUGUGAGGUUCUUGGUGGCGAAGAGGCCAACCGACAAUUGAAAAAUCAUUGGGAGACAUGGGUCACAGAAGAGCUCAUCACCAAACUCAAGGAUAGCGGUGCCGUCAAUUCCCUCCGGUUGCCAAUAGGAGAUUUUCAAUUCAUUCCUUACGGGCCCUACCUCAACGGAUGCUGGGACGGUGGUCUGGAAUACGUCGACAAGGUCCUGGACUGGGCUUAUUCGAACGGUUUGAGUGUCCUCUUGGACGUUCACGCGAUGAAGGAUUCACAGAAUGGGUUYGACAAUUCUGGACAAACGCUAGGGUUUCAGUGGACGACACAGAUUGGUUUCGAAUACGCACCUUCGACAACCUUUGAGCAUUGGUACGUACAGCAACUCAAUUGAAUGUGGUUCUAUUGAUUUUUUUCGCUCUACUUGAGAUUCUCAUCACGAUUGCAAUCGAUGUCGUCGCUUCUGUCGCGCUCCUCGAUAUUAUUUGGUAUUACUUGGUUGCCAACCCUGAUCCUAUGACAAUGGAUACACAAUUAACCGCAAAAUUACACAUYGGCACACUCCACAAACAACCGUGAAUGUUUCACUGUGCCCAAACCACGUUCUGGAUAAAAUCGCAUGCAGGCCCAUGCGUACCGCCAAUUGGAUGGGAGAAUUCGACUACAAGACUAAUUCGUAUCCGACUAUCAACCGUGCCAACGUCGAGCACUCAUUGAACGUGUUGCAAUUGAUCAUCGACCGCUACAAGAACCAUCCGGCCGUUAUGGGAUUGGAGCCAGUCAACGAGCCAUGGGAACACACACCCAUCGAGGAACUCAAGCGUUACUACUGGGAGGGCUAUCUCAAGGUCAAGAAAGAAGCUCCCUAUUGGCGGUAUGUAAUGCACGAUUCCUUUCGGCCUACCCCUGAUGUCUGGGGUGGCUUCAUGGRUGGUUGCCCCGACCGAGCGAUAGACAUGCAUAUUUACCAAGCUUGGAGAGAUCCCGACUCAAGACUUGGGUUUUAUCGCGAUGCCUGUAACCAGAAGCGGGUCAUCGCCGAUAUGGAACGCGAAUUUGGACCCAUCAUCGUCGGCGAAUGGAGUUUGGCCACCGAGUGAGUAGURUUUCUGCUUGUCGUUUGUACWRUGUGUCUAUUUUCUUUCUCUGCAUGUAUGCAUGAUAAUUGGUUUGUUUUUUCACAUUGGUAUAUUCGAAAGAUCAAUAUAUAGAGAAGUUACGAAAGAGAGGCUGAGAGAGUCACACUGAUUCUUUUCAAUAUUGUUUUCUUGUUGUCGUUACAAUUACCCCAUCAUCUAUACUAACCAAYGCUAUGAAUGCCUGUUUGUAUCGAAUUACUUCUUUUUUAUUGUUCUGAUUUUCCUGCGGCGGAUCACAUUACAUCAUAUCAAAAUCACGACAGCAAUUGUGUAAUGUGGCUGAAUGGAUUCAACGACAAUCUGCCUGGUUUCCCGAGAUUGCCCUGCAAGUAUGUCAAAUGCGCCGAUCCAUACAUGGGAAUGGAUGUCCAACCAAACGCUCCUGUUGAUCCAACAAAACCAAUGCAAGGUGUGUUUCACGUUAUGGAAAGUUUUCCAACGUAGCUUGUUACGACGGUUGUUGCUUUUAUUUGGUUGGUGACAAUUGGAAUGUGUCUCAUUCGURUAUUCAUAAGGAUGCCUUUAUCGGAUAUUGCUUACCAUUGUGUUUCUUGCUCUAUUGUAAUAUCUGACGACAACACGUUAAAAUCAUCUCACGAUGCGYAUGGAUAUAUCAUAUCAUGAACUCAGGACCGUAUGGUACUGGACAAUCAGGACCUAGCUUCGGGUUUUGCCCUGUUGACCGCGACUGGUCAAAAGAAACCAGCGGUGAUCCCCAAACAGGACGAGAUUGGGUCCGUGCACCUCCAAACAUACCCAGUUUCUUGGAUGAUACAGACAACGUUAUGACCCACUUGGCAGCGAAAAAGAUAUCCGCCUUUUCGGGGAUCGGCCAUGGCUUCUACUUCUGGAAUUUUCGUACCGAGUUGGAUAGCCCGCAAUGGGACUAUAUGAGAGCUUUGGAGCGUGGUUGGAUACCUCGCGGAAAUCUAGGAGAAGAGCGAAUUGAAGAUGCCUGCAGAGCCGAAGAUUCGGGGGUGUUUCGGUGCACCCUCAAGAGAAAUAUACCAGAYAAGCCCAUUCGGGAUGCCAUUCACUAUAUCAACGACGUGACGAACGCCACAGAAGAUGCACGAAGCGUUGAGGGACUUUCAGGAAAAGAGUUGCGAACGUCUGCCGAACCGCUGAUMGAAGCCUUCUUUGAAGAGGGUAGAAAGCGCGGAGUCACCUGUGACUUUGGCGGUAUUGGUGUUCUAGUCGAAGAAAAUGUCACCAUUGACGACGACUCUGUGGUAAUCUGGAACGACGACGAAUACUACACCACGGUAAUUAUAAAUGAGGGUCUAUCUUGGGUGUGGAUUACCAUCUACGUUGUAGUAGGUACAAUUGCCGGUUCCAUUGUUGGUUUUGUGACGGCAAUGAGAAUGUCCAAGAAGUUCAACAAGGCAGUUCGCCAAUCCGCCUUCUUCCAAAACACGAUUGGGCAGAAUCCAGCAAUUCGCAAAAGCCUGGCCGUGCCGGCCUUGAGGGAAAGUCUCGAGGAACUCGAAUAUCUUUUCGAAAAGGACGAAAAUGAUGCAGUUGAUGGCAAUAAAUCCACGAAGCAACAGUACACGUGAAAUAGCGGUCUUCUGAUAAUG